AAAAUGUCAGAAUCGUAGUGCAUCAAAAAAUUAUUUAAAAAUUUAAUUUUUUUAAAUUUUCUGUACACGAUUAUCAAAAAUGUCGCCCCAUCCAAGAGGAAUAGACCCUAAACUCCAAAAUGGCUGGAUAUAUUCUAUCCAGAGAGAAGAUAAAUUGAGACUUCGUUGGUUUCGUAAACACGAGGAGAGAUUGAAUGAAAUAGCCAACAAGAGUUGCUCAAGGAUUGUUCCAGAAGAAGAUAAAGAAAAAUUUGCUCAAGAUAUGAUAGAAAAUCUUCGAAAUACGCAAAGGUUUCCUAGGAAAAAAAUCGACGACCUGGAACCCAGAGAGCCAAGCGCAUUGCAUGACUACAUGAGACCUGUAGACCCAGAUGUGAAGAAGGUCCUAUACGGCAAAGACAAAGAUAGUCGUGAACAAUAUCUCCGCGAAAGAGCUCACAUAAUUCCUGAGAAACGAUACUAUCUUCCUGAAUGUAGCAGUUGGAUUUAUGGGUGGAAUAUGUGGGACACAGUGAAAACUAUGACCAAAUAUCCUUUCGCGAGGGAAGAAGUCAUAAAGAAUUCGUUUUAUAGAAGAAGAGGGGUUGAAAGAGAUCCUGAUUGGUAUCGUGAACCUGCAAUGUAUAGUCCAACGAUUUGCAUGGAAAACUAACCUCUAAAAUUAUUAAGUUGAUAGAUUAAGGAAUGUAUAAUGUUUUGUAUAGUCAUAGGAAAUUAAAAUUUAAUGUUUUAUAAAUACAAAU